AUGUCGACGCGCGACUUGCUCUACGGCGGCGACUCCGAGUCGGACGACGACAACUUCAACCCAGCGCCGGCCGACAUGUCUGACGAGGAGGGCGACAACGACGGCGACGUUGAGCCCAAGGCUGGCAGCUCCAGCCCGGCACCUCGCCACGGAUCCUCGUCACGGCGCGCGGGUGAUGACGACGACGAAGAUGAAGACGACAGUACUGUGCGGCGACGCCGCCGGCAGGACGAUGAUGACGAAGAAAACGAUGGAAGCAGCGUUAAAGCAGACGGCGACGACGCCAAGGCAGACCCUGGUGCACGGCGGCGAUCCGUCGACGACAACGACAACGACGACGAAGACGAAGGCGCGGACGUGAGAGAAAAGAAGCGGAGUCGCAACGACGAUGAAGACGAGGAGGAUGACGAGGUGGAUGAGGAAGAGGACGAGGAAGAUGAAGACGAAGACGAGGAAGACGAGGACGAUGUCCAGUCAUCGAGGCACCGCCGCAAGCGUCAUAAGCGCGACAGCCGGGCCGCCUUCUUCGAUAUCGAAGCCGAGGUCGACGACGAGGACGAGGGCGAGGACGACGAAAAGGAGGGCGAGGAGAUAGGAGACUUCAUCGACAAUGCCCACCCCGACGACGUCGAGGAGCGCGGCCGCAUGAACGACGACCGCCGCCACCGCGAGCUCGACCGCCGCCGCGAGCUCGAGCAGAGCCUGGACGCCGAGAAGCAGGCCGAGAUCCUGCGCCAGCGCUACGGCAACCGCCGCCCGGCCAAGGGCCUGGGCGACUCUGCCGUCGUGCCGCGCCGCCUGCUCCUGCCGAGCGUCGAGGACCCGAGCAUCUGGGCCGUGCGGUGCAAGGAAGGCAAGGAGCGCGAGGUGGUCUUCUCCAUCAUGAAGCGCAUCGAGGAGCGCCUCGGCACCAAGGACGAGCUGGGCAUCACGGCGGCGUUUGAGCGCGGCGGCGCGCAGUCCGUCAUGAAGGGCUACAUUUACGUGGAAGCCCUGCGCCAGACGGACAUUAUGACGGCGCUCGACGGCAUGCUCAACGUGUACCCGCGCAACAACCUGAUUCUGGUCGAGAUCAAGGACAUGCCCGACCUGUUCCGCGUGACCAAGACGCCGACGCUCGAGCCCGGCGCGUGGGUGCGUCUGCGGCGGCCGCUCAAGUACUCGGGCGACCUGGCGCAGGUGCUCGACGUCACCGAGAACGGCCUCGAGGCGCGCGUGCGCUUCAUUCCGCGCCUCGACUACGGCGUGCGCGACGAGCAGCUGGCGGCGGUCAAGGGCGGCGCCAACGGCGGUAAGGCGGCGCGGCGGCCCCCCGGCGUGCCCGGCCCGCGCCCGCCGCAGCGGCUGUUCAGCGAGGUCGAGGCGCGCAAGCGCGGGCCCAAGAACAUCCUGGGGCACACGCAGCCCAACACGUGGACGUACAACGGCGACUACUUUGAGAACGGCUUCCUGACCAAGGACAUCAAGCUCCAGAUGCUGGUCGUCAAGGACGUCAACCCGACGCUCGAGGAGGUGACCAAGUUUGCGCUGGGCGCCGAGGACGGCACCGAGAACCUGGACCUCAAGGCGCUCGCCGCCAGUCUCAAGGACAGCAACGCCAACGUGACGUACGUGCCGGGCGACGUCGUCGAGGUCUACGAGGGCGAGCAAAAGGGCGUCAUCGGCCGCGCCGCCAACAUUGUGGGCGACAUUGUCACGAUUGACGUGACGGAGGGCGAGCUGCGCGGCACGACAAUCGAGGCGCCGACCAAGAGCCUGCGCAAGCGGUUCCGCGCGGGCGACCACGUCAAGGUCAUUGGCGGCCGCUUCCGCGACGACGUCGGCAUGGUGGUCAAGAUUGACGAGGACCGCGUCACGCUGCUGACGGACCAGAGCAACACGGAAAUCACCGUCUUCAGCAAGGACCUGCGCGAGGCCAGCGACACGGGCGGCCAGGGCGCGCUGGGCCAGUACUCGCUGCUGGACCUCGUGCAGCUGGACCUGUCGACGGUCGGCUGCAUCAUCAAGAUCGACCGGGAGUCGCUGGUGGCGCUCGACCAGAACGGCGACAAGCGCACGAUUAUGCCGUCGCAGAUUAGCAACUUGCUGCCCAAGAACAAGAUGGCGGUGGCGGCGGACCGCAACGGCUCCGAGAUCCGCCUCGACGAUGUCGUCAAGGAGUACGGCGGCAUGCAGCGCCAGGGCAAGAUCCUCCACAUCCACCGCUCGUACCUGUUUAUGCACAGCAACUCGACCACGGAAGAUGCCGGCGUGUUUGUCGCGCGCGCCAGCAAUGUCAGCACGGUCGCGGCCAAGGGCGGCCGUGUGAGCGCGACGGCCGGCGGGCCUGACCUGAGCACGAUGAACCCGGCGCUGAAGCGCAACGGCCGGGGCGGCCCCGGCAGCAUGCAGGCGCCGCAGCGCGUCAUGGGCCGUGACCGUGCGCUCGGCCAGACGGUGACGAUCCGCCGCGGCGGCUACAAGGGCCUGCUGGGCAUCGUCAAGGACACGACCGACCUGCACGCGCGCGUGGAGCUGCACACCAAGAGCAAGAUCGUGACGGUGCCCAAGGCCGACCUGAUUUUCAAGGACAAGUUGACGGGCCGUGCCAUUGAUAUCAACAGCCGCGGUGGCCGGGGCGGUGCCGCGGGCGGCUUCGGUCGCGGCGGCAGCAGCAGAAACGGCUUGCCUGCACCGGCAUGGGAGAGCGGCGGGCGUACGCCGGCGGCCGGCGGUCUAGGCGACCGGACGCCGGCCUGGGGCAUGGCCAAGGGUAAGUUUCCAAAACACCAAGCUCCUGAAUUUUGCUGUACUCGUAUAAUUACACUGUUGUUCUCGUCACCGGCAGCUAACAUGACGACAGCUUCUUCACACACACCGGCAUGGAACCGCAACGACGCGGCUGGUGCGCGCACACCCGCUUGGGCCGCCGAUGGUUCACGGACGGUCAACCCGUACGACGGCAGCCGGUACGGCUCAGGCUCGCGCACACCUGCCUGGAACUCGGGUGCGAAGACGCCGGCGUAUGACGGCUUCGGCCAUGGUUCCAAGACACCUGCAUGGGGCGGCAGCGGCAGCGGAGGCGGCAGCAGCAGCGAUGCAUGGGGCUCGGGCUCCAAGACGCCGGCCUACGGUGUGUCCGCACCCACGCCCGGCGCGAGCGGCAACGACUCCUGGGGCUACACACCGGGUGCCAGCGGCUCCGCCGGCGCGGGAUACGAUGCGCCGACGCCUGGUGCCGGUUUGAGUGCGCCGACACCCGGGGCGCUCAACGCGCCGACGCCCGGUGCCUACAGUGCGCCUACGCCGGGUGCGGCUCUCAGUGCACCGACACCGGGCGGCGGCUGGGCGGGCGGCUGGGGUGCAGACUCGGCGCCCACACCCGCGGCGGGUGCGCCGACGCCCGCUGCUGGGGGCGGCUACUACGGUGCGCCAACGCCGGCCGCAUAUGGCGGUGCGCCCGAGACGCCGGCUGCAAGCGGCCCGCGGUACGCCGACGACGACUAG